AUGGCUAACUUAGACACAGCAACAAGCCGGCCCAUCGCUCAUCACUCGAAUCCCAACUCUCAUCAACACCCCGAACGAACCCAUACAUUCGACGUCGUUGAGCAGCGGAUCGAUUCGGGCUUCAAAUCCGUCAAGAGCUUUGCACGAAGGCAAACCAAAUCCUCCCCAACAUCUUUGCAAGAAUGGGCCCUCCCCAGUCGACCGUACCUCGAAUACGUGCGCCAGCUCAUUGCGGCAGGAUGGAGCAAUCUACAAGAUCUGGACGAUUACCUACUGAAUGAAACCGCACAGUCUGAGUUGGUAGUUUCGGUGCUGGAUAUCACGCAGGGUGGCGCGCCGAAACGAUGGCCAGACAUACACAACGAGCUUGACUUGAAGAGGUUUAUGGAAUCUCCCAAUCGUGGUGGUGUCAGUGUACGGCUAUACAUGGCAGAGUACCAAAGCUGCCCAGCUUCCGGCUUGAUCGAGACUCUGGGAGGUGGUCUGAAGUUGGAUCCGCGGUUCUUUCAAUGGAGCAUACACAGCAAAGGCCAUGUUUUCACACCUUCAAUGCGGCACAAAGCCCCAUAUGUGAGUUUGGGAUUCGGUAUAUUAGAUGCAUCAACUGCUCGAACAACAGAUGCAGAGAAGUUCAAGGUUCUGGUGUAUAUUCAGCCGGACGAGGAUGGGAACGGAUGGACUGGCGUCUUCCUCUUCAGCACACAUACCAAGAUCAAUCUCUCCCCACGACUCCUCUCCGAUCCUCCUCCAUUUCGAUCCGAGCUGCCUCCAAUCACACCUCUCCGACCCAAAUCCAUAAGAGAAAUAUACCUCGAGUCCUUUGAGUCCGUCGACCUGGCACAAGUAGCCACCUCCCCUCUCUACGGUGUAUCGUUCCUCCUCCGACUUGACUGCUUCCUCUGGAACCAAAUCAUCACCGCCAUCCGCGAAGAAGAUCACCGCAUUCACGGCAUUUCGGAUACCACAAUUGGGCAUGCAGAAGAGAUCAAGAAAACCCUAGACGUUGUGAAGCGAGGUGGAAGCUACGGGUGGUCUGGGAAAGACGAGCCAAUAACGAGAGAGUGCAAGGCUGCUCUUGAGGAAGAUUUCCAGCACCUGGUAGAGCAAACCAAUCUGUUAUGGGAAACACGAGAGAAGAUGUCAGCGGUACGGCAGAGAGACAGAGAGGCGAGGUGGAAUUCCCUGACCAAUGCGUUUACUUACUUAUUUGCCCCAGUUACGAUUAUAGCGGGAGUAUACGGGAUGAAUGUCUCUGAAAUAUCAGGCAGCGACUCGAAUCCGAGAAUAUGGCAAUUUUUCGUGGCUGUCCUGGUCUUUAAUAUUUUGAUGCUACUUGGCUUGUCUAUCAGUAAUUGGAUUCGGGUCCAGAUCAAGCAUGGGAGAACAGCAGGUCUGAAGGAGACCUUUGCAUUCGCUGUGGGAACACCCAACGCUUCAUGA